AUGGGAUUUCUUGAUAUUCCCGUCGAGGUCCGAGAGCAGAUUCUCAAUGAAUACCUUGAUGGCCAUACUGGCGAGAUCCCCGUCAAUCCGACAUCGAGCAUCGAUGGCCGUGAGAUCAAGGCCACCGGCCAUAUCUUCUACAAGAAGAUCCAGAACCCCGCUUUGCCAGUGCUUCUAGUCAGCAAACAGCUUCAAGCAGAGAUGGAAGGUGUUCUAAAUCGCAAGAGGUCUCAAAAAGCCAACUACGCUCUUGACAUAAUGGAGCGUAAAGCCAGCUAUCGCCAAUGGAAGCUGGACACGGCGGAGAAGCGACAAAGGGCGGGCUUCAGAGUGGUGGAGGAAGACAAGACGAGACGCUGGUGGGAGUGA